AUGAUUUUCUACUAUGUUGUAGAGUAUUUGGAAUUUUCAGAAAUUGUUGAAUGGAACUCGCCUUGCCCUGGAGAGUGUCUCUGUUUUUCAUCAAGAAACGAAUCCCUUAGAUUUUCUUCCAAUUGCUGGUGUUUCAGUUCGGAGAGCUCAACCUGGAACACGUCGUGCCCUACAGAAUGCCAAUGUUUCACGUGUGAGUGGCAGACGUUAAAUACCGACACUAGAACAGUUUUUUGUGAAAAUUCCUCUCUCUUUUUAAUCCCUGCCAAUAUAUCUAGCCAUACAGAAGCUUUAGUAUUAAAACACAACUUUUUGGGACAUUCAGGAAACUUGAAUAUGUUUGAUUUAGUUCUUACUCACAUUCUUCUUUUAGAUUUAAGUUUCAAUCAGUUGAGAUCUCUGAAAAACCAUGGAGCUGUCUUAGAUAGCAUUCUUUGUCUAAACCUCAGCCACAAUUAUCUAGUGACUUUGCCAGCAAAUAGUUUUCGACCAUUUCCAAAUUUACAAGUUUUAGACUUAAGCUUCAAUCGAAUCGCUACAAUUUUUCCCCUCUCUUUAGAACUUCCCAAAUUAAAAAGUCUAGAUUUAACAAAUAAUCGACUGGACACACUUUUCUCACAUUACUUUGUGAACUUGCGAUCAGUAGAGAUCCUACUGCUAUCAAAUAACCAUAUCAGUCGUAUAUCACAAACAGUUAUUCAUCAUAUCGGACAAAUACAGCUCGUAAAUCUUGAAAAUAAUAGAUUAGUAAAACUGAGUAAAAUCGCUUUCCGGCGUGUUCGUGAAAUCCUGGAGCUGCGGCUUUCAGGGAAUCUUUUUCUCAAGAUACCAACCAAGGCUUUGCAGCAAAUACCUUUCAUUAAGGUACUAGAUCUUAGUCGUAAUCCGUUUCGUGUUAUAUCUUCAGAAGCUUUCUGUUUGAUAAAUGCAUCCACAAUUAUUUUAAAUGAAAACAAGCACCUAUUUUUUAUAGAAUCGAAAGCCUUUGUUAGUCUCCCAAAAUUGACUCAUCUUGAAUUAUCCAGAAAUCCCAAACUUACUUAUAUCGAUAUUGAUGCAUUUAAAGACGUACCCCAACUAUCUUUUGCUAAUUUGUCUAACAAUAAAUUAGAAACCGCAUCAGAAAGGUUUCUGUCAAAAAUCACGAAUAGUUUUUUUGAAGGAAAUCCUUUCUAUUGUGAUUGCACAAUACGAUGGAUUCAAAAUUCAAUUCAAUUAAAUGACAUUCCUACGAUGGCUAGAGAAUCAAAGUGUCGUGAUGAAAAUGGAAAGAUACAUGUGCUUAGAACCUUACCUGAAUUACCUGACACGUGUCCACCCAGAAUCUUACCGCUGUUUCCUUUGAACAUAUCUCGCCUUCCAGCAACAACAGUGUCUUUCUUGUGCUCAGCUUCUGGAGUUCCUGUUCCGAAUAUCCAAUGGAUCUUGAAUAAUGGCUAUAUUCUGAGCAAUGGAGAAUGUCACGGUCGCUUUUGCGUUCGUGAUGGUAUUUUGUCGAUACGUUAUCUUCAUAACGAUGACAGUGGGGUAUAUAUGUGUCUUGCAUUUAACAAAGAAGGAAAUGUGACUCGUUACGUUACGCUUAAUGUAAAAGACCCAAACAUUCAACUUUUUGCACUAACGGUUGCCUCACACUUUGUUACAUUAUCUUGGAAUACAACUAGCGCUAUUAAUGCAGACUUCAUACUUCAAUAUAUGGAAGAAAACAGUGCAAAAAUAUUGAGUAAAUCCUUUGAAACUGGUAUAACUGCUCAGCAUUACACUCUUAGUGGUUUAAAGCCAGGAACAAGGUACACCAUCUGGUUAUGUCUUAAAACCGACAAUUUCAUCAUUCAUCUUAACUCAGUUCAAGUGACGACAAAAGAGGAAGAUUUUUUGUUCUUGUUAGGAAUUAGAACCAAUUACGUUAGCAUUGUACUUGUGUCGGUAGGUGGCGUUUUGCUAGUGAUGGUUUGUGGGUGUUUCUGGAUUGCACAGAUUAUUAGAUGCUGCAGACAUCAUCAUGAAAUGGUGCUUAGCGAAUCCUCUUCUCAACGAUGCUUCAAUAAUAGAGAAUCCAAUGAAUCUGAUCUUGCUUUUAUGACAUUUAUUAAUACAGCGGACGAGAUAACGUUAAUGGACCAAGACGAAGAAAGUUCACAGUAAAGUU